CACCACUAUGCCUGCAACUGCAUUUUCGUGCUCGUUCCUUGUUCUGCAACCUCGCUUCAAUUCAUACAUUAACCCUAUCUUCCGCUCGCUCAGCUACCAACUCUCUUCUUCGCCGGUCCCAUUGAAUGGCAAGUUCUCCGGCGCCAGACUCUGUUCUGCGCUUUCACGAGCGGCGGAGACUGAGUCUCCGAGCGGUGGUAGGUCAGGUGCGUUAUCUCCCGGUCCGGAGGUCACCGGUAAUAUGCAGAAAAUCGACGUGAACCCUCCCAAGGGGACGCGUGAUUUCCCGCCCGAAGACAUGCGCUUGCGCAACUGGCUCUUCAACAAUUUCAAAGAGGUUUCGCGGUUGUAUGGAUUUGAGGAGGUUGAUUUUCCGGUGCUUGAGUCGGAGGCAUUGUUCACUAGGAAAGCAGGAGAGGAGAUUAAGGAUCAGCUUUAUUGUUUUGAAGAUCGGGGUAAUCGUCGUGUUGCAUUGAGGCCUGAACUUACUCCUUCUUUGGCAAGGCUGGUGAUCCAGAAAGGGAAGUCCGUGUCUCUGCCAUUGAAGUGGUUCACUGUUGGACAAUGUUGGCGGUAUGAGAGAAUGACAAGGGGGCGUCGUCGUGAGCACUAUCAGUGGAACAUGGAUAUCAUUGGUGUUCCUGGGGUUAUGGCUGAAGCAGAGCUUAUAUCUUCUAUUGUCACUUUGUUCAAGCGAAUAGGAAUUACAGAAUCAGAUGUUGGAUUUAAGGUUUCUAGUCGAAAGGUUCUACAGGAAGUAUUGAAACAUUAUUCAAUACCUGACAAUUUAUUUGGCAAGGUCUGCGUCAUUAUUGAUAAAAUUGAGAAAAUUCCAGUUGAUGAGAUAAAGAAAGAGUUGAAAGCUGCUGGUGUAUCACAAGAGGCUGUCCAGGAGCUAUUGCAAGUCCUUUAUGUAAAGUCAUUGACAGAGUUGGAAGAGAGACUUGGAAGCAAUGGGGAAGCAGUUGCCGAUCUGAAACAGCUAUUCUCACUUGCUGAAAAGUUUGGUUACUCUAAAUGGCUUCAAUUUGAUGCAUCAGUUGUUCGUGGCCUUGCUUACUACACUGGCAUUGUAUUUGAGGGUUUCGAUCGAGAAGGAAAGCUACGGGCUAUCUGUGGUGGUGGCCGAUAUGAUCAUUUGUUCUCAACUUUUGGUGCUGAUGACAUUGCUGCUUGCGGUUUUGGAUUUGGGGAUGCAGUCAUAGUGGAAUUGCUCAAAGAGAAGGGUCUCCUACCAGAGUUCAGCUUGCAAAUAGAUAACAUUGUUUGUGCCUUGGAUGAAGAUCUUCAAGGAUGUGCUGCUAUGGUUGCUAACGUUCUCAGAGAAAAAGGACAUAGUGUUGAAUUGGUUUUGGAAAGCAAACCACUCAAAUGGGUUUUUAAACGAGCAGCUCGAACAAAAGCUCAGCGACUGGUUUUAGUGGGGAAUUCUGAGUGGCAAAGGGGUAUGGUUGGUGUCAAAAUUCUCUCUACUGGUGAGCAGUACGAAGUUAAACUGGAUGAUCUAAAGUAAAUCAGAAUUUGAACUUUUUUUGUUGGUUUAUGUAUUUUAGCUUCAUUAUCGGUAUUUCAUUUACCUUGGUUUUACUUGGGUACUUGUUUAUAUAUACACUCACAAAACUGCAUGCGCACACACAUAUUUAUCUAUACAUAUACA